AUGCUCGGCCACCACGAUGUGCGAAAAUACUUCAACAAACGGCUAGCAUUGUCAUGUAGCCUUAUCGCUCUCUCCAGCUUUAACUAUGCUUUCGAUAACCAAGGCUUUGCCCAAACACAGGCUAUGGAUGCCUUCGAGAAGAGAUUUGGUGUCUAUGAUGCAAAAGCGAAAACCUGGGCCCUUGACACUCAGUGGAAGUCAUACUUCAACGGACUCCCGUAUUUGACCUUCGCCUGUGGUGUUAUCAUUGGCAGCUGUAUAAGUGCUCGAUUCGGUCGCCGAUGGUGUAUGUUUGUCAUGAGCAUCUAUGCUCUAGCUACCGCCACAAUUACCACCACCUCUCAAUCCAGCGAUCAAAUAUUAGCCGCCAGAAUCUUGAACUACAUAUAUAUUGGCAUGGAACUCUCUGUUGUUCCAGUCUUCCAGUCCGAGAUCGCUCCAACCCAAAUUCGUGGCUUCAUGGUGGGUACAUACCAAUUGACCAUUGUGUUCGGAGGGAUGGUCAUUGGCUGGGUGUGCAAUGGAACUAGCAAGAUACACGAUGACCGUUCGUGGAGGAUACCUCUAGGGCUUUUCUUCGUCAUUCCGACCAUCAUAGCAUCCCUCAUAUGGUUUAUUCCAGAGUCCCCUCGCUGGCUUCUCAUCCAAGGACGCAUGGAAGAGGCGCGAAUCAACUUACAGAUACUACGAGAACGAGCGUUUACUUCGGAUGAAAUUGAAGAUGAAUUCGCAUCAAUCCAAAAAGGGUUGCAAAGUGAGCCAGAGCAAGGUCAUUUCAAGGAACUAUUCUCGAAAUCCAACCGAAGGCGAACAGCAAUUGUUGUUGGACUCAACUUUUUCCAACAGGCUACGGGGCAAGGAUUCGCAUCGCAAUAUGGCACUCUAUAUGUGAAAUCUCUACAAACUGUAAACAGUUUCAACAUGAACGUCAUCAACGGUUUUAUCGGACUCGUCAUAGUUUUACUAUGUCUAUACCUCAACGAUAGAGUUGGAAGAAGGCCCUUGCUUCUGAUCGGUGCGGUAAUCCAAGCAACAGCACUUCUUAUCAUGGGAGGACUCGGAGUACAUACUCCAUCUUAUCCUCAGAAGUCAGCCAUUGUUGCAAUGCUUUCCUUGUUUACAGUGGGCUUCAAUAUAGGAUGGGCUGCGUUAACAUACGUCGUGACUACCGAGAUACCAACUCUACGCUUGCGAGACAACUCACAGAGGAUUGCGUCUGUUGCAAAUGUUCUUACGUUCUUCGCAGUUUCGUUUAGUCUACCAUAUCUCAUGGAUGCUGGUUCUGCAAAUCUUCAGUCGAAGGUUGGCUUUAUUUAUGGAAGUCUUUCGAUCACCUCGAUCGCUUUUGUUUAUUUCUGUGUGCCUGAAUGUCAAGGAAGAUCAUUCGAAGAAAUUGACCGGUUGUUCCGGAAGAAAACGCCUCUUCGGGAAUUCCACAAGAAUGGAAAUUCGGUCGGUGGUGAGGCGGGCAUCACAGGAUUCUCAGAGAGUAAAGAGGUUGCUUAG